UUUCUAAACCUAUACGUCCAUUUCGACAAGCGCGAUUAUUUUCAAGUUUUAAAGCGCAAAAAGGCACAUUUCUACCUUGUAACCACCAGAUAUAUUCUAAUUGACAAAGAUUAAAUAUGUUUCUUGUUUAAAAUUACAUUUACUAUGCCAAGUAAGUUGUAUGGCUUUAAACAUGAUAGCAAUUAAUGCGGAAAUCGGAAACUACUUGUUUAGUGCAUAAGUACUCGGGACAUAUUAUACACCAGAAUGGGCAUCCGAAUAUCGGUGCGUCAGUAUUUGAAACCAUUGUUGGCGGUAGUGGCGUUUUUGCUCGUGGUCCUCUACGCAAUUUCCGGAAGAAAUGCGGUGUUCUAUCUUUUGCCGGGACUUGCAACAGACUUGCAUCAGCAUCAUGACACUUCUAUGGUAAGUCAUCUAGAGGAACUGGAACGAAGGUCAAGGCAUUUAAACACGACGUGUUUGAAUAACGAUUUACUCAACGCAACUACAAGAGAAAAGAAGGCGAAAGUUCUUUUUCUUUCUAAGGUUUACAAUGUCGCAUGUUGCAAGGUGCCAAAAGCCGGGUCUACUUUUUGGACUAUUUUUUUCGCAGUUCUUGACAAUGGAGUCGAGUUUGGAAAGAAGCUUUUAGGAGAGAACCGAGGUACUAUACACAAGGGACAGUACACGUUUUUUUCGUCAUUCAAAUAUGUAAAAAGUAAAAAAUACCCAACAAUUCUCCCAGCACGUGACCCAUAUUCUCGGCUUUUCUCUGCUUUCAUCGACAAAAUCUACUUGCUUGUAAGAUUUAACUAUAACUACGCCAUCCUAAGCAUUCAAAACAAAUCUGUGUGCCCGACGGAUGUGUCUUUUCAAGACUUCCUCCCGUGGAUUGUAAACGAAACGAAAGAAGGCAAAACUUUAGAUCGACACUGGGCACCGAUUUAUUCUAUUUGCGGAUCUUGCGAGGUUAACGCUCAGUACGUUGUUAAACAAGAAACAUUUGCAAUCGACAUCGACAUCGUGUUACAGAAGCUGAACGUCUCCUCAGCAAAACAUAACUAUAUCAUGCAGACGCUUGAAGGAACAAGGAUUCAGUCAUCCUUACCGGGGAUUGUAGCCGCCAUUUUUGACCACAGUUCCGGGUCCAAUGUGAGACGUUGUAUGCCAUGGGUGGAGGUCACCCGGAGGAUAUGGCACUCUUUCCAGAUACAGGGCUACAUUCGCGAGGACCGAUGAUAUCCUCAAGGCACGUUCGAUUCCAUUGGGGACAAUUUGACUCCGUCUCUAGUUUCCGACUUAAUUUUGGCGGAAAUAUUCAAGUAUUCUAUGUCGUCGGAAGAACGUCAAAUACAACGAGAUAAUGCGUUGAAAAGAGCGUAUGAGGGCGUUCGCAAAGAUGUGGUUGACGCGAUCAAAGACGUCUACGCCUUGGACUUUUCAUUAUACGGUUAUUCUAACUUACCGCCAAAUGAAAGAUAAAACGACCAAUAAAAGUCCUCUGGUGUGAAUCAAAAUAUUUUCAGAUUAUUUCUUCAAUGUGUGAGACAUUAUAUGCCAACACAUAGCCUUAACUUACAUGUUUGUUGUUCUUAUAUGCAUGCCAUUUAACCUUCGGAUUGAAAAAUCUUAUCGUGUAUAUGUGUAUACAUGUACAUUUAUUUCAACAUAAUAUGGACCUUUUCGUUGAUUAUGUAUUUUACAUAAACAUUCGUUGGAAGUAACUAUGAAAUAUACUUAUUAGCGAAACUGAAUUAAAUAAAUUAACAAUCAAACGAAAUAAGUGCAACAAUCGUUUGAUAAUACUGGGGUUUUUAGAAGUAGACCUACUUGAACAUAAACACGUGCUUAUGUGGGCUUAUCUAUGACGUAUCCUUGUCUAUUUGGUAUGUACGAAAAUUUCUGUUCUGAUUGUGUAUACAUAUGUUUAAUAAAACAUACCUUCGAAAAGUA